UUCAUAGAUAUAACUUAGACUUUAUAUUCAUAUUGUAAUGUAUUGAAUCCAACAUGGGCAACAAGUGUCCAGCGUGCUUAUGUGGUGCAGAUCGUGCAAGUGAGGUGAAGUGUGGUGGAAGUAAGAAGAAACGAAAGACGAAGAAAUCGGAGUCAGUGUUGCCAACAGAUUUACAUUCUAGUGGUGCGCAGAAGAAUUUAACAGGAGAGACGGGCAACAGAUCUCAGCGUCCUGAUUGCCUUUCAUUGCCAACCCAACAAAAUAAUACAAAGGAAACAAAGUUCCCUGACUUUUCACUCCAUGGAGUCCAGAAGUCUUCCCCUCCCUCUUCCUCCACCACUCCCAUCCAAUCCUCCAAAGAUCAUCCUUACGAUCCCGCCAAUGUGGAGAUGCUCUUCCGGAUGUAUAAAGAUGAUGUAGAAGACUUAAUCCUCGCGGACGGUGUGGAGAGAUUGUGCUUCGACUUGGAAGUUGACCCAACAGAGUUCAUCGUACUGGUCCUCGCUUGGAAGUUAAAAGCGUCGACCAUGUGUAGAUUUACAAGAGAUGAGUUUAUCAGUGGUUGCCAGGAGAUGAAAUGUGAUUCCAUUCACAGCAUCAGAUCUUCAUUCCCUCGUAUACUUAAAGAUGCGGAGAUCAACUUUAAGGAACUUUAUCGAUUCACUUUCCAGUUUGCUCUUGAUGCAGAUGAGGGUCAAAGGUCAUUACCGUGUGACAUCGCUGUAGCGAUGUGGAAUGUUGUGUUUUCGACCAAUCAGCCGUUGAUCCUCCCAUCAUGGAUUCAAUUCCUACAAGAAAGAAACGUUAGGGGGAUUUCCCGUGACACGUGGCACAUGUUCUUAUACCUCGUUGACGCGAUUAGCGAAGAUAUUGAUAAUUAUAACGACAACGAGGCGUGGCCGAGUUUGUUUGACGACUUUGUUCAAUACAAGAAGGAUGCAAUGACAAAGAUUGAAGAAAAAAAAGUAGUUGUCGUGAUGACGGAUUCGGCUGCGGGGGAUUCCUCGUCGCAGAGAAUGGAAAUCCCCGGUUCAAUACUUACCUCUGGGGAAAACACCCCUGAAAUGGCUGGGAAUUCCCCAACUUCUCAUGUUGCCAAUAAAAAUGAAACGAAAUCCCCGGAAACUCCCUCAGUUGAAACUCAGACGUGCGGUAAUUCCCCAGGGGAAAUUUUAAGUCACUUACAUUCGGAAAACGAAGUUUCUUCAGAACAAACUUGAAAGUUAAAACACUUUAGUUUAAUUUAUAGUUGCAUGCGAUGUCAUAAUAGUUUUGUUUAUAUCUAUUGUUACUUCAUAGAGAAUUGUCCAUGUGUGGAAAACACAAUUAUUAUUCUUAGUUAAUUUACUUUAAAACGCAGCUAUGUGAACAUUAAUAUUCGAAUACUAUGUGUGGUGGUGGUGGGUCAACUGUAUUUAAUCUUAUCCUGCUUAAGGUAUGACUUACAACUAAGCAAUGAUAAAAACGAAUCAUGGCGAUUUAGACCAGAGUUGGCCCAUUACCCCAACAUUGUAUAUGCACAUUCUAUACUAUAUGGGUGAGGUCCUACAGUGAGGCACACCAUGGGAUCUGGGAUUUAGACCAGGGUUGGCCCAUUACCCCAACAUUGUAUAUGCACAUUCUAUACUAUAUGGGUGAGGAGGCACGCCAUGGGACAUGGGGUUUAGGCCAUAGUUGCCCAUUACCCCAUGAUAGUACAACACAACAUUUAUCUGAUUUCACACGCACAAUACUAAGACACAUAUAUACAGAUUACCGCAACACUGUACGAAGUUACUUUUAGCCGAUCGUUGUAUUUGAGAUUACAACACGAUAGUUUUACACAAUAAUUCUAGAUUGUCGCACUUUUUUCUUUUCCCCUUUUUCUAGUACUUAACUUUUUUUCUUUUUCUCUCUUUUUUUUCUAUAACCUAACAAUGUGUGACGAAAAUUAAAAUCGUUGCAAUUUUUAUCCGAACACUGCAGUAUUCAUAUCGCAUGUUAUUUGAUAUUUCUAUGAUGUUGCAAGUUAUUCAAUGUUGUCGUUUAUUAAAGAAUUGUAUGUUUUA